AGAAACCGGAAACUGUUACAAUUAUGUGCGGAAGUGACGUCUUUGUGUUGGCUGUACGUCACAGGGGUCUAGCCAACGGCGGCAGCGAUGAGAAAUUUGAAAUUUGCCAUCUAGCGAGCUAGCCGCUAGCAUUCGUGUCGGAUGUAAAACAAUAACUUUUAAUUUUUCGCCAAACUAUGGCGUCCUAUCGCCAUUUAUCACAACACACGAAGCCGCGGUUUGAAUCUCCUGCCAAGGUGUUUGCGAAGCUAAAAUCCAGAGUGCAGCGAGAGGCGAGGUGCGCGACCGAGGAGGGUUUUACAGGCAAGGAUCUUCUGUGUAAUGCUAGAUACAAACAUGGAGGGGAGUUCAAGUCGCCCAGGAAGAGAGCAGAGAGCACUUGGAUCUUUGAUGAGCACAAGGAGAGUCAGAGGUUUGGAUCCUAUCGCAAUGAAGUGCAUGCUAUGACCAUAUCACCCAUAUCGAGUCCUCAGAAAACCUUCAGCUGCUCAAACAUUAGCCACAAGACUGCAGAUGAAAUCUCUCCUAUGACUGAGAGAGGACAUGGGUACACACCAAGACAGAGAGCCUUCCUGGAGUCAACAGCUGUGUCUCAGCCCCACUUUUUGGUCAGGCAGCAGAUCCACACAGAGCCACCUCAGAUCAGAGACUUGGGUGGUUUCAGUGUGACCAGCAGGACUCCAGUAAAGAUGCAGCCAGUCGACAGUUCCUGUCUCUAUGAGGAGGGGUGUGCUCCCCUAAUGUCCCCAGUCCAUAGGUUUCCCCCCAUGAGUUUGAGGAAAAGAAAAUGGGAGCCACUGGGUUAUAACAACAUCGGCAACAGUAUCAGGGAGAUCAGCAGUGAAGUCAUAAGUCAGCCAAAAGGACAGAAACCCUCCAGAGUUUUGAGCGAGGAUGACACCCAUAACAACACCUGCAUGGAGGAUCUGGGUCAUAUCAGCCGGUUCUCUGUUGACCAACCAGAGAUGAAUCAGGUCACUUGUGAACACGUGUUCAAACCACCAAGAUCCAUCGCAAAGAAACGCUGCCAUGAUUUAAGUGAGAAAGGUCCUCCGAUGUCUCCAGCCAAGAUGUUUGCUUACAUGAAAGAGAGGGAACGCCAAAAAGAGCAGCAGGAAGUUUUUAACGUCAGCAGCAGCACGCGGGAUCUCUUUGGGGGAGGUUUCCAUCAGUCCAGAGCACCACCUCCAUCCUCAGAUGACAAUGUGGGCCAGAUGGGGGACAUUACAUUUAGAGGCUCACCAGAGAGUGUCGCCACUGCUGAUCCAUCCAGAGCCGAGUCAGCUGGCUGCCAAUCAGACACAGAUCCCUCUGAGGAUGCCCAGACCCCCGCGUUGCCAUCACAACCUUGCCUGUUCGAAGACCCACUAGUACUCAAUACGCCGAGGGUCUCCAUCCCGAGGAAUAACGAGGGCGUGUUCAAGCGCAACAAAUGGCCCCAACGCACGAAAUUCCCAAGUGAGAGUGUGGUUUAUCUCAGCAAGUGGUUCCUGAGGAGGAAUCAUAAAGGCCUGUUUGUGGAUGGAAUCCGCAGGGAGGAAAACAUACCAUGGAACAGUAACAUCAUCGUGGACAGGGUUUCUAAUUACGUGCUGAAGACGGUCACCGGCAGGGUUUACAUCUUGGUUGGCAAGAUGAACUUGGAUGUUGACGUCGGGUUUCCCAAGUGGUUUUUGAAGAAGUUUGUUAAUGGUUUUCCUCAGAACUGGAAAGCACUUUAUGGGAAGUUUCUGUCAGAGUCAAAACACAGAGAAACCAGCAGAGACAUGGCAGCCAAGACAAAGCCUGACGCCUCCUCUGCUGGCCUUUCUGUGAAGCGGCAGAGACGGAAGCCUCUGAAAACACCUGCUUCUUCUCCUCCUGCCCCCUCGUCCUCUACACAAGUGUCUCGAAGUGGUCGAGUCAUCAAGCCGCCUCUGGAGUAUUGGAAAGGAGGGAGAGUGAUUCUGGAUGCACAGAUGAACGUUACCAUCCAUGAAUGUUAUGAUACGUCCAUCUGCAUCCCUGAGGUCACAAAAAAAGUCGCGAGGGCGUCAAAGAAACCUGCCCAUGUGUUCGUGCCUUGCAAUGAAGGCCGUAAGCAAUGUCCAACAGCCAGCAUCAAUGAGGCACCUGUGCCUCUGAGAAAGGUCAAGGCUCCAGCCCGCAAACGUGACAGAGCGACGGUUAAACCCACUAAUUCACCUGAAUCUCCUGUGGAGACAAUUAGCAGCCCAGAGGAGCCUGGCAGAAGGACGAGUUCCAGGCAAAGGCAUCAAGCUGCGACGAGAAUGUCGCAUGUGGACACUGUCCCUCAAAAACAAAGCAAACCAGAAAAGACUUCAACACGAAGGUCCAAAAAACAGACACCUGACAAAACAAGCCCUGUAGCGAGAGCAUUGAGGAGAAAACCUGAAGUUCGAUCAUCUUCAGAAUCUCCUGCUGCUGCUGAUGAAACAUCACCAGAUCAGUCAUCAACUGAUGACUCCCCCACCAGCAGAAAGAAGCGGGGGAAAGCAGCACACAGAAAGAGAGGUGAAAAGUCACAGCCAAGCCCGUCAAGUGAGUCAGAGGGGAGCAGGAAGGAACUGAGGAAAAGAACCAGAGUGACGAAAAAUAGAAAUGUUGCACAAACACAAACAAAACAUGAACAGAGUGAGCACAAAAAGGCAUCACAACCUGAAAGGCCUUUGGCUAAGACAACACAAUCUGGAAAGAAACAGAAAGCAGACAAAGGAAACUCAAGGAUUUCACAUGAGCAAGAUGAAGAGGAGUGGACCGAGGCAGAGCUCAUGCGGCUAACAGAGGCUGUGACCUUCUAUCCUAAGCACAUGGCAGGUUACUGGGCAAAGGUGGCGAGGAUUGUUGGGACACGUUCUGCAGAGGAGUGCCACAACCAGCACACAUCCCAGGGAACCUCCCAGACUCCAGUCAAGAAACCCAAAAAGAGGAAAGAGGAAGCACCAAAACACCCAGAUAAUCCUGUGAUAUCUGCCCGAGUGGGAACCUUGAAGAGAAAGCAGCAGGUGCGUCAGUUCCUGGAGACGAUGCCCAAAGAAGAUGUUGAUGACGUUUUCAGCACUGCAUACAUGCAGACAAAACGCUUUGAGAUGCCCUCCAUAUGUCCGAGUGAAGAUAAUGAUUUCACAUUGGCAGACCUGGAGCCCACGACCCCCAUUUCAACAGGUUUCCCUGAAGUUAAGACUCCUCAGUGUCUGCAUAUCACUCCCGGCAUGAUGGGCUCACCCAACAGGAGUACUGACGACAAGUAUGUCUUUCAACUCCAGAAGAGGAUGAAAAAACGUCAGUUUAAUGUCUGCAAACAGGCUCUGCCUGCAAAGAACCUCACACCCACGCCAUCGGUUAAAAAGGCGAUGAGAAGAUGUGGUACCACAGAAAACGACACCUUUGUUGUCUGGGAGAUGUUCCCAGGAAACGAUGGAGGGCUCUGUGAAAGCGGAGAGGAAGAGGAUUUUUACUUCUCAGACAAUGACUGAUUCUAUGGAUGAUAAACCUCAAUAUCUUGUUUUUAAAAAGAGUCUUGUUCUUAAUAUCAAAUAAUGUCAAUGGAACAGAGGAGAGAUGUCAUGUGAACAAUAAAAUAGCUGUUCUGCUCCCCCGAAAGAUUUUUAAUGCAAGUGAAUGUUUUUGAAGCCUCUAAACAUAACUUGGAAUUGAAUGUAUAAAAAUCAAACACAUUUUUUUUUUUUUUUGACAUGUUGUCAAAGACAGACUUGCUGCCGUCUCCCAGUAAAUACAUUCCUGUAAAUUUAUUUUAGUUUAAAGUUACAAGAGUCAGUUGUAAUUAUUCUCUUAAUAAACAAACUUUAAAUCUUG